AAGUUGGAAGCAAUCGAACCUGGCAGCAUGGCCAUCCUCUUUGGCAUGGAGUUGAGCCCAACGAUGGCCGGCGUCGUGUAUGGGCUCCUGGGACUCGCGCUUCUGCUGCUCAUCGGCGCCAUCAUCUACUACUGGAACUACGCCAAGCGCAUUGAGCGCUUCCUCCAGAACGACAACCGCAACAACAACAUGCUGCGCCAGGACCUCAUCGACACGUUCGUGGCGCGUGGUGAGGAAGAGUGGCCGUGCUCCAUUUGCUUCCACGACAACCACCCGAGCAAGAAGGAGUGCGUCAUGUGCGGUACGCCACAGGUCGUCAUUGCUCCCAACCUCCCUCGGCCAUCCGGCUUGCGCAAGUCGGACUUUGUACGCCCCGAGCUCAACCGGUCCAAGUCUACAGUCCUCGACCAGCAGAGCCGAAUCCGAUCCUUUCACGUGCGGCGCCUCAAGCAGAUGAACCUGACUGCGCGCCAAAAAGCAGCGAUGCGCCGUCACCUCUGGCGCCGGAAGAAGGGCCCGGACGGCCAGAUGCACUGGGUGCGCAUCGACGCCGACGAGAACGACCCGACGCGCGAAAGCACAGUCGACAUGGAGCUUAUGGACCCCAACCACCACGAGAUUGAUAUCAUGAGCCCGAUCUCGAACACGGGCUCGUCGAUCGAGGAGCAUGACCCGUACGAGGCCCACGUCGCGUUGGCGAUGCGCGACCUCGGCUACGACGACGAGACGGGCACGACGCCGUUCCGGCCGCUGCGAGCAACGGCGCUCAAGCAGCUUGAAGAGGCCGAGGAACGCACGAGUAUGUUCCACAGCGGCGUCAUGCCCGACUUCCUCGGCGGCUUUGGCUACGGCAAGGGCCAGCUCCAGCUCCCCGUUGUCACGGAAGAGGACCGUCGCAACAACUUUACGACCUUGUCGACGGGGUACGUCCGGCACGAGAACGCAGACGGCGGCAUGGAGUUUGCGCCCGCGACGGCCGUACCCGUCGGCGAGUCGCGCCAACUCGACUGCGAAGACGACCUCGAAGAGAUCGCGGCGCUUACCUUCCAGGAGAAGAACCGGUGGUUCCUCGAGCAAGUCCAGAAGCGCUGGCGCAAGUACGACGAAGGCCAUAUUCAGUUUGUGGUGCGGCGCGACCAUCUCAUCGAGGACUCGAUGGAGCAAAUGCUCAAGUGUCCCGCGUCGCGCUUCUGGGAGCGCCUCCGCAUCUUUUUUGAAAACGAGCCGGGCCUCGACGCUGGCGGUCUCAUCCGCGAGUGGUACGAACUCCUCAGCGACAAGCUCUUUAGCGAAGAGAUGGGCCUCUUCACGGCGACCAAGGGGUCCAACCUCGCGUACUGGAUCAACCCCGCGUCCAAGUCGAUCCGCGGUGAGGACCACCUCCUCUACUACGAGUUUGUGGGCCGCCUCAUCGGGAAGGCGCUCAUCGAGGGCUUCAACGUCAAGAUGUCUCUUGCGCUGCCGCUCAUCAAGCACAUGCUUGGCGUGCCCAUCUCGUUCUCGGACCUCGAGUUUCUCGACGAAGAGCUCUACCGCAACUGCCGCUGGCUCAAGAAGAACGACCAGGCCGAGCUGCUCUCACUGGACUUUACCGUCUCGGUCGUCACGCCCGACGGCAAAUACGCGACGGUCGACCUCAAGCCGCACGGCGCCGACAUCCCCGUGACGGACGACAACAAGGCCGAGUACCUCGACCUGCUCUUCAAGCAUUACAUGUUUGAGAGCAUGUCGACGCAGCUCGCGGCCUUCCUCAAGGGCUUUUACGAAAUCGUUCCGCUCUUCCUCAUCUCGGUCUUUGACUACCAAGAGUUUGACCUGCUCCUCUCGGGCAUCCCCGACAUUGACUGCGGCGACUGGCGCGCGUACAGCGAAGUGCGCUGGGUCAAGCUCGAGCAGCCGACGCCGACGGAAACGGCGGUCGUCAACUGGUUCUGGAACGUGGUGCAGAGCUUCUCGGGCGAAGAGCGUGCGCGUCUACUGCAGUUUGCCACGGGCACAUCCCGCGUACCUGUGCAGGGCUUCAAGGCGCUUACGUCGUCCGACGGCCGCGUGCGCCGGUUUACAAUCCAGAUGGUCAACCGCGGGCCGCCGCCAACGGGCUUGAUGCCCAAGGGCCACACAUGCUUCAACCGGAUCGACUUGCCUCUGUACACGAGCCAAGACGAGCUCGCAAAGUACUUGACGCUCGUCAUCAACAUGGAGAUCACGGGGUUUUGGUUAGAGUAAUUAGUAGGCGUAACUAUUAUGGACGUUAUUGUACAC